CAAAUCCCUUCCCCUGGCUGGUGCAGGCGGAUUUGGAAUUUGGUAAGCGAUGCAAGUCCGAUAAGGCUGGAGUUCCCCUCCGGGAUCUGAAGGAGGAUCACUAGGUGGUUCCAUAAGGAAGCGGGGCUGCAGGAUGAAUAAAAGAUACUUACAGAAAGCAACAAAAGGAAAACUGCUAAUAAUAAUAUUUAUUGUAACACUGUGGGGGAAAAUAGCAUCUGGGGCAAACCAUCACAAAGCUCAUCAUGUUAAAACUGGAACUUGUGAAGUGGUGGCUCUCCACCGAUGUUGUAAUAAGAACAAGAUAGAAGAAAGAUCACAGACAGUCAAAUGUUCCUGCUUUCCUGGGCAGGUAGCUGGUACCACCCGAGCAGCUCCUUCUUGUGUUGAUGCUUCAAUAGUGGAACAAAAAUGGUGGUGCCAAAUGCAACCAUGUCUUGAAGGUGAAGAGUGCAAAGUUCUUCCAGAUAGGAAAGGAUGGAGUUGUUCUUCUGGGAAUAAGGUGAAAACAACUCGGGCAAACGUGUAAAAUCCUUCAAGAACAAGGAGAUUUUCUGCUGUGCCUGAUGUCAAUUUUUGAUUAUUCCACACACACACAAUAUUCUGGCUCCACGUUUGGGGCAGUAGUGAUGAAUCCUAGUUUUGGUCGGAUGCUCAGGAAGGGACAGAAGGUUCGUUGAGGAAUAAAGAUGUUCCAGCCUCGGUCUAAUACUCACAGAGCAGCAGGUAACUCGAUAGCAAACGACAAAUCAAAUCAAACGCAUGACUGAUAACAUUAAAUACAGUCACA